AAAUAUAGUAGCAUGUAACCGCAAAGUGUUGAUGAUUGUCUUCUUUAACAGGUAAGGAUGCAGCUUUAAAUGUAGUUGAGACGCAUUUUCAGUUUUCCAGUCUUAAGUAGAAACCAUUUUCUAUUGAAAAGAUUCGAUUCCACUACUGGGUAUAUUCAUUUGUCUUGCUUGGCAAAGGAGAAUGGUUUUCGACAAUUACUAGAAUAUCCAAAUGGCAUGCAGAAUUUAGUCAAUGUAUUUAAGUGAAACAUCAUUCAUCUAGAUAUUAAUACAAUUCAACUACACCAAUUGGGUAUACGAUCAAACCUUCAGUGCAGUAAUGCCAAUCUUUUCGAAGGAGAGAAAAUAAGUCCAAAUUUUGAUCAAGAAAAAUAAAGUAGAAGAAUUUCACAGAUUUUUAUAAGAAUUAGAAGUCAAAUAGGAAUGGGAACCAAAAGAGGCUGAAUAUGUCCCAAACAAGGAUAUGGUUAAAUUAUUUAUCGUCUUUGAAACUCACGAAGAUGCGCAAAUUGGAUUUAGUAAAAUUUAACAAUCCAAAUCCAUUGUAAGAAUUCUCUCUUUAUCUCUUUAUAGUAUGGCAUACAAAAUGCUAAGAUGGAAGAAGUGGACUAUUUUACUAAGUUUUUGAGCAUCGUGGCACUCAAAUAACAAUAAUUUCAAGAACAAAGAAUGAACAAUAUGAGAAACUACGAUGAAACUCAAAAUUAAUUUUAAAUUCACUCUUAAUAAUAAUAUUAACAAUAAUAAUAGUAUUAAUAACCUCAAUAAUAAUCUUAAUAAAUUUAAUAGCAAUAGCAACCCCAACAAUCCUAAUAAGAAUAAUAGCUCUACGACUUAUCAUCCUCAGAUAUAGUUAGCCAAAGACUAAAUUAAAUAAGAACUAAAGAUAAAGUAGAAUUGAACUUUGCUCCAUUAUAAGAACAACAAUUCUAAUUUUCAUUUGUUCCCAUCCUUUAUCCCCAACAAGAAUUACAUCCUCCCCCAGAAUUGACCAUGGAUUCACAAAAAUAGACACAAUAAGAGCCAAUCUAAAUUGAGCAGCCACUAGAACAACAAAUCGUUGAAUAGCCUACUUAAUAGCCAGACCAAAAAUAAACAAGGGAGACAGAAUCAAACAAAGAAAAUUCUGUUGAGAAAAAUCAUGGAAGCAAGCACGAUGAAGGAAGAACUGAGUACCAUCAAAAACCCUAUUAUCAGAAUAGAUAUCAAGUAUUAAUGAAAAUUUUAACAUGUAGCAAAAGAGAAGACCUAAUAAUGACUCGCAUUACCAUUCAAACAAAUACUAUGAUAAUUCCUAUAAUAGAAAAACAUAAUAGCAUUACAGUAAUACUAUAAUCUAAAUAGUUACAGAUAGAUUGGAAGAUGAUUUGAGAGAGUUCACUGGAUAUAAGAAAUACCAACAAAGACCGUAAAAGGAAUAUUAUGAGCCAAAGAAGGAAUCCUGA